CUGAAACUUUAAGAUUUCUUCAAAUAUGCCUUUUGACAAAUUAGUUCGCUUCGAACUCGAUGGGAGAGCAUGCUAUGGCAAUUUGAUUGACACUUCUGGGAACGAGUUCAAAGUCACCAAGCUCAUAGGUGGCUUGGAAGAAGGAUUUUCUGCCGACGGAGAUGAGGUCAUAAUAGUAUCAAAGCUUCUCUGCCCUCUCGAAAGAACCCCGAUCAUUCAAUGCGUCGGCGUCAACUACCGCAGGCACGCCACAGAAGCAAAACUCACCGUCCCCGCCUACCCCGUGAUCUUCAGCAAACCCCCUGCCACCCUUGCCGGGCCCCACGACUCAAUCCCCAUCCACCUUUCCUGCCAAGAAAAGCUCGACUACGAAGGUGAGCUCUGCGUCAUCAUCGGCCGAGACGCAAAGAACGUCUCCUCGUCCAACGCCCUCGACUACGUGCUGGGCUACACAGCCGGCAACGACAUCUCGGCACGCUUCUUCCAGCUCCCCGAGAAUGCCGGCGGUCAAUACGGCUACGCGAAAUCCUUUGACAACUUCGCGCCCAUCGGGCCUGCGAUUUGGUCGCAGGAAAGUGUCGGGGAUCCACAGAAGUUGAGGCUGGUGACGAGGGUUAAUGGGGAGGUGAGGCAGGAGACUGGGUGUGAUGACAUGAUUUGGAGUGUGAGGCAGAUUGUUGAACAUUUAAGUAGGGGCACGACAUUAAGGGCCGGAACCGUCAUUAUGGCGGGGACACCAGAGGGAGUGGGUUUCUUUUCGAAGAGAUUUCUAAAAGAUGGGGACGUAGUUGAGAUUGAGAUUAAAGGGUUGGGGAAGAUUGAGAAUAAGAUGGUUUUUGAGUAGCGCUGAUAAGCUGUACUGACAGUUGAAUGCGAAAUGAGUUUGGUCGUACAAUGAAGAAUUACUUGAG